AUGUCUGCCUCAAGCACUCGCACGUCAAUCUCGAUUCUUAUGCUACACGGCUUCAGUCAAUCUGGGAAGCUCUUUCAGAUCAAAAGCAGACCAUUGGUACAAGAGCUCACUGGAAAGCUUGCGCGCUUCUACCAGGUCGCGGAGAAGGACGUCAAUUUCGUUUUUCCUGAUGGACCGAUCCGACUCAACAGCGGAGUCGUCGCAGGCCGCUGGAUGGACGACUCGCCGUCAGCUAAGAGUUCAGAUCUAUUCGCCUGGUCAAAAGAGCCCGACGUCUACGGUACAGUGCAGUAUCCCGGUCUAGAUCAGUCCUUGAGUAUGCUCUUUCGCCUGAGCAGAGAUCAUGGACCAUUCACAGGAGUCAUCGGAUUCUCAUCUGGCGCCACCCUUGCAAGCAUGUUUGUGUCAUGGUGCGAAUCCGAUCAUAUUCCCGGUCGCAGAGAGGCGUUACGCACUAUGUGCGAGAGUUGUGUUGGCCAUGAGCUGAAAGGUAUUCUGGAGACACCGCCGCAAGCGCCACUCGAUUUUGCUAUCCUCUGCGCCGGCUUCCCUGGGCCGGCUCAGUACUACCGAGGAUUCUACGAGCCCGAAUUAAGUACUGCCACUGUUCAUGUCGUAGGAGACCUGGAUUCAAUGGUUCCUCCAACAAAAAGCAUGGAACUGAUCAAUCGCUGUCGCGAUCCAAUGUUCAUCAAACACAAGGGCACACAUCAUCUCCCGCGUGAUCGCGUCACCAUCAACAGGAUAGUCGCGUCGAUACAUGUGCUGUUGGCAAGCCAGAUGGACAGAGCUCGGUCCAUGGAACGUACUGAGUGCGCAGUAGUGGACGAGCUUAGGUACCAACAAGGCGACAAUUGCUUUCAGCUCUUCAAACAAAUGUCAGCCACAACGCUUCCGAAGUCGGAAUCCUCAAGCGACUCUGAGAAGGGCUCGGAUCGCCUUGACGACGCGGCGAGUUCUGUGGCGAGUGCGUGUGAUUCGACAGGAUCGUCCCGAUCCAGAAGAAGUUAUCGGCGGCAAAUUGCCAGGAGGUAUCAAGUCAUUAGAACUCGCUAG